ACCGCGAGUGCUGUUCCCCGACCAUAAACAUUCGCUGGUUGCUUCGCGCAUCUCGAAGAGCGGAAUACGGACGACUAAUGCGCUCAUUGCGACGAAUGUGCCGCAGUUGCAGGCGAUUGCGUCCAUUGUCAAGCUUCCCAAGGGUUCGCUCCCGUUCGUUGUGUUUGGGCCUCCCGGGACAGGCAAGACCCCAUUCUGCAAGUACUGAAGAAGGACCCCAACGCUCGCAUCAUCGCCUGCGCACCCUCAAACUCCGCCGCCGACCUCAUCGCGUCUCGCCUGACCGUACUGUCGGACACCGAGAUGUUCCGCUUCUACGCCCCGUCACGGCAUACCAACGAUGUCCCGGACGAGCUCAGGAAGUACACAUGCGUCACCGACAAAAUCAAGUACAGCGGCCCGUUCAAAGUGCCGCCUGGCGCGAUCAUGAAGAGGUUCCGCGUCGUCGUUACGACGUGCGUGUCGGCAUCGAUCUUCACGGGUCGGGGCAUGCCGCGAGGGCACUACUCCCACAUCUUCAUCGACGAGGCCGGUCAGGCCACGGAGCCGGAGGCCAUGAUCGCAAUCAAGACUAUGGCGGACAACGAUACGAAUGUGAUCCUCUCCGGAGACCCGCAGCAGCUUGGUCCAAUCAUUCGGUCGCGGAUCGCCUCUCAACUCGGCCUUGAGACAAGCUACAUUGAGAGGUUGAUGCAAAGGGAGGUAUACGACCAGCAGACGGGCUUUGGCAAGUCCGUCGUGAAGUUGACAAAGAACUACCGCUCGCACGCUGCUAUCCUGCGCUUCCCGAACGAGCGCUUCUACCGCGGUGAGCUCGAGCCCUGCGCAAGCCCGAAGGCUAUCAACUCCUACAUGGGAUGGCCUGAGCUCCCCAACAAGAAAUUCCCCAUUAUCUUCCACGCCAUCUCCGGCAAGGACGACCGCGAGGCGUCGUCCCCUUCAUUCUUCAACAUUCACGAGGCAUUGCAGGUCAAGAACUAUAUCGAGAAGCUGAAGCAGGCGCGCUCAACGACCGGGUUCCGGGCCACUGACGACGACAUUGGCGUCAUUGCGCCGUAUCACGCGCAGUGCGUGAAAAUACGCAAGGCACUUCAGAGCUCUGGCGCGGAGAAAAUCAAGGUUGGGAGUGUUGAGGAGUUCCAAGGCCAGGAGCGGCGGGUGAUCAUCAUCUCCACGGUCAGGAGCAGUCAAGAAUUCGUUCAGUACGAUCUCCGUCACACGCUUGGCUUUGUCGCCAACCCGCGCCGCUUCAAUGUGUCCGUCACUCGCGCCAAAGCGCUCCUCAUCAUCAUCGGCGAUCCGAACGUGCUGGCGCUCGACCCGCUCUGGAGCUCUUUCCUACACUACAUCCACGACAACGGAGGCUGGACCGGUGCACCAUCGUGGGACGAGGUUGCGCCAGAGGACGGCCAGACGAUUGCGCAGGAAGCCAUCGACGAUAUGAACGACUUCACAAGGCGUAUGGAAGAGCUUACGCUAGCGACUGUCGGAACGGGCGAGGAGGGGCAGGCUGGCGAUGACGGGGCUAUCGACAGGCCGUGGCGCGAUGUAGAGUAGUAGGCGGACAGUGUUGACUACGAUCCGACAUGUCUUCUUGGACUGGGCUUGUCUUGCAGCCUGCAUAUCGACCAAUUUUCAGUACGCUGGCCACGUGAAUGUUGAUGUCGUUUCCUGUGCAAACGGUAUUUGCCGGAAGCCAAGUUCAACUCAUGAGCUGCUCACUUCGAGCUUGUACAUGCACACA